UGCGUCUAGCUAGCCCUAGGUUGAAACGUCGCACGAACCUUUUACUCCCACUAUUCACAUAAGCUGAGUAGUAAUAGUAGUCAGAGCUUUCGCGGCUCAAAGGCGUUACAAUCCCCCCCUCCUACUCUACUAGCCCCGAUUAAUAGGAGACGGAUCCCUACGGUGCUAAUUUAUUAAAGAGGUGUUCAAACCUGAUGGCGCUCUGCUGAAGCAUGGGCUUAGUUUCGCUGUCAGUGCAACGUACAGAUACAACAGCACUUGCGUCUGAUCCAUGUGUGCUAACUUUUCGAGACCGAGCAAAUCAGAAACUCAAAACAGGAAUACGGUUGUGGAGUCAGAGUCAAUGUUACGUCAUCCAAAAUUAUCAGAUAAGAGCAUCAGUAAUCUAACGUCCAAUUUUCACGAAAUGACCGGCCAACGUCUCCAACGCAACACUUCGAUCCCAAGCUACACAGAACCACAUACAAAUUCUACCACCACCAGACAUGAUGAGGAAGUAGAGAGGGUGGAUAUAAUUCCUUCAACAAGGGCAUCCAUUGUUCGGGCGUUGGCUCUACUAUGUGCAUGUUCUCUCAGUGUCGGUAGCCACUACGCGUCAUACACGCUAGGGCCCUUGAAAUCUCGACUUGCGCGGGAGAUCAACACGUCCAACACGGAAUUUAGUCUGCUGAUUUCUGCAUUCAGUUUAAACAGUACAUGGACACCUCUAGUCGGGGGCUUUAUGGCAAGUAAACUUGGUACGACGCUCACUAGUAUCAUUGCUACUAGUGUCAUAUUUGUUGGCCAGGUUUUACUAUUGGUCGGUGACAUAAAAGGAGACAUUCGAUUGAUGGUAUUUGGGCUGUUUGUGUUCGGAUUUGGAGUUAGUCCUCUUGCCGUUGUGCAGGAGUCCAUCAUAAUUCGAUUCUUCAAAUCGCACGGACUCGGUGUCUCAAUGGCACUGGGACUUGUAGCUGGCAAAUUGGCUUCAUUUAUUUCAGCGCGAACUUCUCUCCCUCUUGCGGAACGUUUUGGGCGCCACGCACCAUUCUAUGUGUCCACAUUCUUAGCUGCUCUUUCCCUUCUCAUCAACCUGGUCUAUAUGGCAUCCUCAAAGUGGCUUAUACGGGGUUCUGGCACUGUCUUGCUAGAGGCUUCCGAGAUACGAAGUGAGGCGAGGCGCCGCUCCCUGUACGAUCUCUCCGAGGCUCAGACGCUGGAGAGUGUUGCAAAAAAACGUCACAUCAGGUUCAAAGAUAUUCCAAAGCUUGGGGAUAUUUUCUGGGCUUACAUAGGGCUAAACAUCCUAUGUGGCACUAUAUGGGCCCCUUUCACCCAUUUGGCAGCCAACUUAUUUGAAAAGAGAUAUGGAUUGACGGAGCACGCUGCCAGUACACAAGCUUCCUACCUUCUGGUUGGGAGCAUACUCUUGUAUCCUGCUACCGGAUUCACGGUAGACCGGAUGAAGCAUCCACAAGCUGCACUUCGCAUGUUCACGCUGUCAUCUGUAUUGAUGUUGUUUGGAUACGCUUGGCUUGUUCUUCCACCAGCGUGGACGGGAACACCCUUCCCUGCAGUUGCUGCCUUUGCGACUGGCAUUGGCUUUUCCCCUUUCUUGGUCCCUCAGCUGGUUCCGUUUAAGUUUGUAUCAACUACUCUGGGUGUGCACAAAAGCAUGGAACAAACGGGCGCGACAAUUUUCCAAACCAUAGCUGGCCUUGUUUUAGACGGUGAUCAACGAGUCAAAAAAGGCGACCAGGACACGACACAGCAGUUGUUGAACGUGUUUCUCGCUUUUAAUGUUUUGCAGCUAUUAGGUAUCAUCGGUCUAUCGCAUCUCGAUAGUCGACGGAGGCAGGCAGCAGAGACUCUUGAGAACACAAUCAGAGAUGAAGGGGGUGUCGAACGUGAAUCAGAAGAAGAGUCGACCUUCACCGGGGGCGAAGGAGAUAUCCUGGCUUCAGAAAUCGGACCGUUGUCUUCUCAAGACCCAAGAAAACCUCUACUUGGUCGCCGGCCCAGGGCAGAUUCUGGCGCCAGUUGUCUCCCUUCUUCUUGUCCUCCCCAAGGAGUUCGUGGACACCCAGAGAUAAGGAGGGGUCGUAUUUUUGUGUGCCUUUGCGCCAUGCUUAUUAGCAGUGCUUGGGUAUUGUUUUUGAGCACUGCGUGGCUGAGGCUCCGGUCGGGACAGCAAAGAGAUUCACAUUAGUUCACGUGGCUAGUGUUUAGAUACUUGUUAUG